UAGCGAAGAAAAAUGAAAAUAAUGUGACGAAACCUGCUGGAAACGCAAGAUAAAUAAAUGCAAGGAGCCGCCAUUUCUGCUAGUCAGUAAUAUUCACAGGCUUCAACUCUCUCUCCAAAACAGUAGUAGAUUCUGAUGGAAAGUGAGAACCCAGCUCCAAACCCUGUCGCAGAUCAGCUUCCAGAGGCAGAAUCAUUGCCAGAUGGUUUCGUCGGGGACAGCUCAACCACUGACCCACUGCCUCCAAAAACACCACAACCUGACCAGGAGGUGACUGAUUAUAAAGAGGAAAAGUUAAUUUAUCCCCAGUUAAAUGCAUAUGAUGAAUGUGACGAUACCAAUUGUAAAAGUUCACAUGCCAAUGUGGGAGAGGAUCACAUUAGAGUGAAAUGUCACAACAUGGAGGACUCUGGAGGAGACCCGAGCCAAAAUAUUUCACCUGUCAAGGAGACAUCAUUACCAGACAGUGUUGAAAACAAAAAAGUAGAAGCCUCUGAAACCAAACGGAAGACUGUAAAACGUACCUAUAAGUCUGAAAAAGAGUUUCUGGAAUUCACUUUGAAGUAUCAGCAGGUUCUUGCAGAAAGAGAUGCAGCUAUUGCUGUUCGGGAUAAACUGGAGUCAUUGUGCCGUGAGUUGCAGCGUCAAAACAAAGUAUUAAUGGAAGAAUGCAAAUGGGUAUCAUCCGAAGGUCAAAAUCUGAGGCUAGAUUUAUCAAACAAGUUUCAAGAUGCAAUUAAGGACGUAAGCAACAAGCUGGAAGAGCAAAAAGAUGAAUGUCUAUUGCAAUUGAAGGAGAAUGAGAUGUUAAAGAGUAAGUUGAAGCAACUUGCAGAUCAGUAUACUCUCUCUGAACAGCAAUUUGCAAACAAGUUAAAGCAAAAGAGUCUUGAACUUCAGCUCGCUGAUUUGAAAACUAAGCAACACGAGGAGAAAUUACAGCAGGAACAGUCCCAAAUGAAAAUUUAUGCUGACCAAGUGUCACAAUUACUGGCAACGGAGAAGAACUUGCGGUUACAAUUGACAGCCGAUGGAGAAAAGUUCCAGCAAUUCCAGGAAGCUUUGCUGAAGAGCAAUGAGGUUUUUGAAACAUUUAAGCAAGAUAUUGAGAAGAUGGCAAAAUCAAUAAAAGAACUCAAGAAGGAGAAUGCUUUCUUGAAGGGAAAAUGUGACAAGUCAGAUGUUACUCUUAUAGAACUCGCUGAGGAGCGUGAAUUCUUGAAGAAACAGUUGGAGAAAACAAGGAACCAGAAAGAGAAGCUUGAAGCAUUGUGUAGAUCACUUCAAGCAGAAAGGAAAGCACAUUCAGUAGCUUCCAGUAACUCAGAUUCAGUUCAAGCUUGAAGAUUUCUGUAAACUAAAUCAUACCAUGAGGUUUUGGCUGCACAUAUUGAAUCAAGAAAGAUCUGUCUGAUUCACUCUUUUGUCUGUGCUGCAGUUCUAUUCUUGCUACCAUUUCUAUUUUUCUCGCAUGGGAGGAAGCAUUUUGAAUUUGUUACCAUUAACUUGGUGCCAAGUGACAGUAGAUUACCCGGGACCAUCUUGUAGGAGAAUGUUGUUUUCCUUGAUUUACUGAGUGAGGCCUGCGCAGCGUAUGAUGAAUGAAUCAGUUUCUUUUCUUCGCUCA